AUGCCGUUCAAGCAACCGCUCGGCGAGCGAGACGCCGCCAACCGGGUUGCACCGACUUUUAUUAGGCCGCUAGCCGACAAACGAGCAGUGGUUGGCGAGACGAUUAUUCUGGAAUGCCAACUCGAAGGUCAUCCGGAUCCGGCGAUCAAAUGGCUCAAAGACGGACAUAAUGUUUCCAUGUGCCCAGAUUAUCGAAUCGAGGAAGACGGGCUCAAACAUCGGCUUGUAAUUCCCCAGGUUCAGGCUGCUGACAGUGGUCGGUUCACAGCUCAAGCUUCAAACUCUGCUGGAACAAAGCAGUCAACGUGUAUUCUGAUUUGUGCUCCAGCUCCAACACCUGUUCCGGGUGCCAAGUCUGCUGUUGCAUCCCCUGCUCCCCCACAAACACCCGUCGGACCAUCUGCGCCAAUUUUCCUGAAAGAGCUCCGUCAUCAGCCGCUGAAACCCGGGGCAGGAGUGACUUUUGAAGGUCGAGUUAUCGCAGUUCCACCACCAAACAUCGAGUGGAUGAAGAAUGGCAAGCCCCUGCAAAACUAUCGUGCAAAAAUUGAGCAUGACCAGAAAACUGGAAUAAUCUCGUUGAUCAUCCCACAGAUGUUCAACGACGACGCUGGCGAGUACACGAUCAAAGCCACAAAUGUGCACGGAGAGGCGAUCAGUGGAGCACAGCUUCUGCCCAGGGAGCAGUACGAUAGAUGGUUUUCUAAUGAGCAGACACGGCUCACGAAGGAUAGGAAACAAGGGUUACUGUCACAGACGCUGAGGCCGAGCAGUGUGGCUCAGAAGCAAAUGCAAAAGCAGGGUUAUGAUACGGAUCAGGGGAGUGUUGAUAUGCACUGGACAAUUUCCGAGUCGGAAACCGAACCCGAGCUUUCCGCGUUAGAUGCUCGCGGAGUUGGUACCAAGCCCAUCAUCCGUACACCUCUCCGAGGCCUUCGACUAACAGAGGGCACCGACGCAAUUCUACAAGCAAAUAUUGUGGGCAACCCGAAACCCAGAAUCCAAUGGCUUUUCAACGGACGCCCGUUACAAGUUUCCGGGCCCCGAAUGCAGAUGACAUAUAAGGGAUCGAUGGCGGUUCUGAAAAUCUCCAUGGUUACAACAGAAGAAGCCGGAGAUUAUACAGUGGCGUCCGAGAAUCGUUUCGGAAAAGUCGAAAGUUCAGCGCGCAUCGAGGUUUACCCGUUGAGCGUGCCGGACGAACGACGAAAGGAAAAUCAGCUCCGCGAGCAACAAGAGCGUGAUCGUCAGCAACAGCAACAGGCGCUCGUCGAGGCGAGUCUCGCGCGUGAGAGACAACGCGACGCCGAGAACCGACGUAUCCGUGAAGAGCAGGACCGUCUUCGUGUGCUUUUUGAACGCGAAAAAGCGGAACGCGAGCGAUUGGAAGAGGAGCGUCGGCAGUUGGAGCACGAGAAGCGAUUGCGGCAGCAGCAGCAGCAACAGCUUUUCGAACGUGAAAAAUCUGAGAAAGAGGAGAGAGCACGGCUUGAAGAGGAACGCCGUCGGUUGGAACACGAGAAGCAUUUAAGGCAACAGCAGCAAACUCAGCCUUAUAAUCUUCACUACCAGCAACACCACCAACCACAUCAAGCCUGGCAAGAUUUAGACCUCGUUCGUCGACCUCAAUACGCUUCUGACGAAUAUCAAGAACCGCAUUACGCGCAGAUCAGACCACAUCAACAGCAGCAGCAGCACUAUCAACAACAACAACAAUCACCACGUCAAGAAGUAACACAUCAAAACCUAUACGAACAGCAUCGUAGACAACAACAGUUGAUUAGAGAGCAGCAACUCUAUCAACACCAACAUCAGCAGCACCAACAACAACAACAACAACCUCAGGAACAGCAGCAGCAACGGUUCCAUCACUUUAAUCAAUAUCAACAGCAUAUUCGAGAACAACAUCAGAACACUAUGCCAGUAUUCAGACAGCAGCAACCAACCCAAGUCACUAACGGAGGAAUCAAAGCAGCAAAUGGUUCCGCAAAAACUGCAAACGGGUCAGCAAACGGGUCGGCAAAUGGAUCCGCCGUACACGCAGCAAACGGCGGACCAUCAUCUCAACAAGCACGCGGGCACGAACACGGAGCAGCACUCGUGAACGCCCGUCCCCCACAAUUCCUCGUCCAUCCACAGUCCGUCGCAGCAAAGGCCUUUGAAACAGUGACAUUCAGCGCAAAGGUCGUCGGAACACCAACUCCGUCGCUGACGUGGCAGAAGUCCGACGGAACUGUUAUUCAGUCGGGAGGAAAGUACAAGAUCGAGAAUGGGCCAGACGGCAGCGGUCGGCUUAUUAUCGAGAAAGUGGACGCACACGACGCCGACAUGUACAUGUUGGUAGCCAGAAAUGAUGGAGGAUCGUUCCAGAGCAGGUUCUCACUGAACGUUCUUCAAGCUAAGUCGCCUGAAGCUCCAGAAUUCACUGGAAAGUUCCAGUCAACAACGCUUUACGACGGAGAUUCUGUGAAGCUCUACUGCAAAGCAGCAGGAGAAGGAGUGAGCUUCAAGUGGUUCAAGGAUAAUGAACCGAUCUCAUCAGGCGGCAGUUAUGCCGUCGACAACAAAGGCAACGAGACCACGUUGCACAUCAACAAUGCCACAAUGAAAGAAGGAGGAUGGUACCGGUGCGAUGCAACCAACAAGCACGGAACAACUACUCUGAAGGGACGCGUCGUGGUGAACUCUCGACAAAAGUUCAACGGGCCGGCUCACAGAGAAAUGAUCACGCUGAGAAAAGUUGACAAGGUUGAAAGAUCGCGAACACCGGUGAAUCAGCUUCAAGAUGUUUCCGCAUCAAAGUCGUCGCCAAAGUUCGAAGGAUCACUUCAAUCGCAACAACUCGUUGAAGGACAGUCGGCCAGACUUGAAAUCAAGUACACACCAGUCGAAGAUCCGAAUCUCAGAAUUGCGUGGCUCCUCAAUGGAAAGGGUAUUUUGGCCUCUUCCAGAAUUGUGACCUUUACCGAUUUCGGAAUUGCGGCGCUGGAAAUCAACCCAGUCAAUGUAUUCGAUCAAGGAGAGUACACUGUCGUCGCAGUGAAUCCACUUGGUGAAGCUCGAGUCUCUGCAAACAUCGCGGUCAUCGGUCAUGGAAGCUUCAUCCAACAACAACAAUCAGGAAGCCAAUUCGGAGGAACUGCCUAUCAAUCGAAGGGUGCGCAAGCUCCUGCUGGAACUCAUCUUGAUUUGCCGAACUUCCAUUCUGACUUAAGAUCUCAAGAAGUUUUUGAAGGUCAGCAAAUCCACUUGGAGACAAAGCUUACACCGAUCAAUGAUCCUGAUCUUCGAGUUGUGUGGCUUCUCGAUGGAAAUGAAUUGCCAAGCAAUGACAAAUACCGUCAAACCCUAUCUCAUGGAUUCGCUUCACUGGAUAUACCACAAACCUCAAGCAAUGAUAGCGGACUCUACUCGUGCCGCGCAUUCAACAAGCUCGGAGAAUCCGAGAAUCAGGCCACUAUCAUCAUUGUGCCAAAAUCUGAUCUCCAACAAUUCGAACAACAUCGUCAACUCGAUGUUGAGGAUGUUCGAGAGAUUCAGUUCGCCCACUCUUCUCAAGACCUGACGCCAAAGUUCCUUUCUCAAAUCCAACCAUUCCAUUGCGAACAGGAACUUGGAAGAUCGUUCUUUGAAGCGAGAAUUCAGCCGAUCAACGAUCCAACUCUUCGGGUGUCAUGGCUUAAGGAUGGUCAACCACUCCCCAACGCCAAUCGCAUCCAAAUUUUCCAAAACUUUGGAGUCGUGUCACUCUCGCUUCAUCCAACUUACCCCGAAGAUGCUGGAGUCUAUACUUGCGUACUUUUCAAUUCGCAUGGACAAGCUCAAUCAUCCGCUGAGCUGACAACAGUCUGGAUCGACACUCUCCAGCUUGACUCCAAGCAUGCUGAUAGUCUUCCAAUUAUUGGCUACCUUGACAGUCAUCAAAUCCAUAUCGGGCCACAAUCUGUGGAGCGGCCUGAAGAGUUCAACUCCUUGGAGGCUCCCAAGUUUGCUCGCGAGCUUGCCGGCAAAAUCGAAGUCAUGGAGAACGAGCGAGUGCACUUCGAGGCUAGAAUCCUUCCAGCCAACGAUGUGAAGAUGACAGUGGAGUGGUACCACAAUGGCAACCCGCUUCCAGCUGCUCAUCGCUUCCACCCAAUGUUUGAUUUCGGCUAUGUUGCUCUGGAUCUGUUGUACGCUUAUCCACAAGACUCUGGAACCUACACAUUGGUUGCGAGAAAUGAACUAGGAGAAGCUCGAAGCAACGUGGAGCUGGUUGUUGGCACUGAGAAAGUACUUUAUUUGGAGCCACAUCACCCAGAAGGAUUGGAGAGAAUUAAGGAGCUCGAGCAAGAUCGUCGCCAAGGCAUCGCCGAAGUUGAAGAUCGCACUUGUGACGCGGCCCCCAAAUUCCUCAACGAUCUUCCGGAUAUCCAGCUCAAUGAGCACGAGAAUAUCCACGUUGAUCUUCGCGCAACGCCAGUCAAUGACCCGACGAUGGUCAUUGAAUGGUUUGUCAACGGACGCCCAUUGUUGACUGGAAGUCGUGUCAAGACCCUCAACGAAUUUGGUUUCAUUGCUCUAGACAUCAAAGGAGCGAUUGCCGAAGACUCUGGAACCUACUCGGUCAGAGCCAGCAAUCUUCUCGGGGAGGCCAUUCGCCAAUGCGUGAUUACUGUUACGCCAGCCGGCCAAAUUCUGUCCGACACUCAACAUCAAGAAUCUCUCGGAAAAAUCAACUAUCUCGAGAAUCUUAAUAAGUACGGAAGAGUGGAGAUUGAAGAUAAGGGGCCACAAGAGCCACCGACAUUCGUUGUUCCACUUCAAGCCGAUUUGGGAGAUGUUGAAGAAGGCGAGCCAAUCCAUUUGGAGUGCCAAGUAAACCCGAUCAAUGACAACUCCUUGAAAAUCAUAUGGCUCCGUGAUGGACAGUCGCUUCCACAUGGUCACCGUUUCCGUACAUUCUAUGAUUUCGGAUUUGUGUCACUGGAUAUUCUCGGCUUCUACGCUCAAGACGCCGGAACAUACACUUGUCGCGCAGAAAAUUCGCUGGGGCAGGCUGAAACUGUUGCCACUAUUAGAUGUGCACCAAAAGAUGCCAUCCUCGGAGCAGUUCAACACCCAAGAAGCUAUGCUAGAAUUCAGGAGAUUGAGGCGCCGAAACCAGCGCCACAAGAGGUUCCAGAUCUUCCACAUCAGCCACCAGCAUUCGUGAAGCAGUUGGGACCAGCUAUUCAGUGUAUGGAGGGAGACAAUGUGUACCUAGAGGCUCAAGUGACACCCACUGAUGAUAAUUCGCUAACUUACGAAUGGCUCGUCAAUGGUCAGCCACUCAUGAAGGCCCAUCGUUUUGUAUUGUCUCAAGACUUUGGGUACAUUGCGCUGAACAUUCUCUACUGUUAUCCGGAAGAUAAUGGUACGUACACACUAGUUGUGCGAAACCGAGCAGGAGAAGCUCAAUCGACGGUCGACAUCAACUGUGGGCAUACUGGAGGAAAUUUCACCGACUCAUUCCAUCCAAACUCUCUCCAUCGUAUUGCCGAGCUCGAGACUCCUAUUCAACGAGCCGAGCCACUUCCAGACAAGGAAAAGGAAGUACCAACGAUUGCCAAGCCACUUCCAGCGACUAUCGACUCGGUCCACGAGUCACAGACUCUUCAUUUGGAGGCUCAAGUCACCCCGAUUGACGAUAAUACUCUGAGAUACGAAUGGUUGUUCAACGGGAACCCACUGAAGGCAUCCAGCAGAUAUCGUGUUCUCAAUGACUUUGGAUUUGUGUCCCUCGACAUUGACUACAUCAUUGCCGAGGACAGUGGAAAGUACACCUUGGUCGUUUACAACUCUGCCGGACGUGCUGAGACCUCUUGCGAAUUCCAAGUCGAUCGCCUGAAGUCGAUUCUCUCCGACACCGCUCAUCCGGAAUCUCUUCGUCGUAUUCGUGAGAUGGAGCAACUUCAACCAGCUAAGCCAUCGGAUGAUGAUGCAGCUGCUCAGCCACCGGUGUUCACUCAACAACUCACCGGACCAACUGAGCCACUCAAGGAAGGACAAUCGGUUCAUAUGGACUGCGUUGUUCAGCCGAUCAAUGAUCCUAGUCUGAGAAUCGAGUGGUUCCACGACGGAAGACCAUUGAUGUUCGGAUCGCGUAUCCGUACUAUUCACGACUUUGGAUAUGUCGGUCUUGAGUUCCUUCACAUCCACCCAGAGGAUACUGGAACUUACACUUGCAAGGCUACCAAUCUUAUUGGUGAAGCUACCACCGACAUCUUCUUGGAGUGCAAGCCACGUCGCAACAUCUAUCUUGACACUCACCACGAGUCUUCGUGGCAGAAGAUUCAAGAAAUCGAGAACCGUGUGGAUGAGCGUGAACCAACGCCGGAACUUACAUUCCAGCCACCAACGUUCACUGAGAACCUGGCUGACAAGGAAGAUGCUCAAGAAGGACAAUCGAUUCGUCUCGAGUGCCGCUUGAUUCCAGUUAACGAUCCAACAAUGAGAGUCACUUGGACAAGAAAUGGUCAGCCACUUCCAGAAGCUUCAAGAUUCAUGCCAGCAAGAAACUUUGAUUAUGUCAACUUGGACAUUCUUGCGUUGUACGGAGAAGACUCAGGUGUCUACACUUGCAAAGCUGUUUCAGCAUUCGGAGAAGCUGCCACCUCAUGCACAGUCAAGUGUGCCGCAGGAAAAUCACUUCUUCUUGAUACCAUGCAUGAUGCUUCCUGGAAGCGUGUUCAAGAAAUUGAAAACCGUGAGAAGCUAGAGGCAGUGGAUGCUGAGCCAGAAAAGACUGCACCAAAGUUCGUCACUCAGCUCAAUUCCUCCCUUGGAGAGCUUCAAGAAGGAGUUCCAAUUCAUUUGGAAGCACAAGUGGAGCCAACAAACGACAAUCAGCUCACAGUACAAUGGUUCCACAAUGGACAACCACUUGCCAAUGGACAUCGUUUCCGUACUCGUCACGAUUUCGGAUAUGUCGCUCUUGACAUCUUGUACGCAUUUGCGCAGGAUACUGGAGAAUGGGCAUGUGUUGCCAGAAACUCCCUCGGAGAGGCACAGACCAUCGCAAACUUCACAGUUUUGCCACGUGGAACUAUCUACACCGAUUCUCAACACCCAGAAAGUUGGCAGAAGAUUCAAGUACUUGAAGCACCACGAGCUGCAGCACCGGAGAAGCCUGAUGCUGAGCAUGAUGCUCCACAAUUUAUUGAGCCACUCGACAGUAUCGAUAGAAUGGAAUUCCAAUCAGCUCACUUCCAGACCAAGGUCACUCCACAAACGGAUCCAAACCUUAGAAUCCAAUGGUUCAAGGAUGGUCAGCCAUUGAUGAACUCUAACCGAUUCAAGUUGACUACCGACUUCGGAUACAUCUCACUGGACAUUGCUCACACUGUUCCAGAAGACAGCGGUGUCUAUUCAGUCAAGGCAAGCAAUGCCAAGGGAGACGCUGAAGUUCAAGCUCAGCUCACUGUAACUGGAAACGCUGUUAUCCUUGGAGACACUCAACACGAACAAUCAUGGCAGAAGAUUCAGCUCAUCGAAGCUCCAAGAGCCCCUGGAGAGGAGGAGCCUGAUGUCAAGCACGGACCACCAAAGUUUGUCACCCAAUUGCAUAGCCUUGAUGGAGUGGUUGAAGGACAGCCAUCUCACUUUGAAGCCCAGUUCAUUCCGUUCUCGGAUCCAAAAACAUCUGUUCAAUGGUAUCUCAACGGAAAUCCACUCUCUGCGUCUUCUCGCAGAAUCCUACGCAACGAUUUUGGACUUGUCUCCUUGGAUCUUCAAUACACACUUGGAGAAGAUGCUGGAGAAUAUAGCGUCGUUGUCAAGAACUCUGAAGGUGAAGAUAGAACAUCUGGACAGCUGUCGUGUACCACUAGGGCCGCGAUUCUUGGAGACACUCAACACGAGCAAUCGUGGCAGAGAAUUCAAGAGAUCGAAGCUCCAAGAGCUCCAGGCGCCGAGCCGGAAGGACCGGUCUAUGAGAAGCCAUCCUUCGUUCAACCGCUUCAGUCCGUCGGAGAUCUGCCUGAAGGAUCUGUUGCUCUUCUCGAGGCUCGUCUUGUCCCAGUCAAUGAUCCAAAUCUUCGAGUUCAAUGGUUCUAUAACGAUCAGCCAUUGAUGGAGUCUAACUGGAUCUCAACCAGCAACGACUUUGGAUGUGUCUCGUUGAGAAUUGCUCCAGUGUACGCCAGACAUACCGGAGUAUACUCUUGCAAGGCCUGGAACGACAGUGGAAACGCUGUCACAUCUGCGAAUGUUGGAGUUCAAGGAUCAGAAGGCCUUCUUCUGGAUACUUCUCAUCCAGCGUCUCUUCAGAAGAUUCAAGAGCUCGAGGCUAUCGACAAGUACGCAAGACUUGAUGCACCUGAAAGAGAAUACGAGAAACCUCAAUGGGUUCAAGGAUUCGAAAACUACGAAAAUGUUGGAGAAGGACAAACUGUCACUCUUCAUGGACUCGUCGAACCAUCUGGAGAUCCACAUCUUCGUCUCGAAUGGCUCCUUAACGGAACUCCACUUCGAAAUGCAAACCGUUUCCGUCAAGAGUAUGAGUUCGGAAACGCAAUCCUCACCAUCGUUCACGUCCUCCCACACGACUCUGGUGUUUACACCUGCCGUGCCUGGAAUACUCAAGGAGAAGCUUCAACAUCUGCGACCGUGACUACUGCUGGCUACGAGAAGAUUUUGUACGACUCGCAGCACCCAGUUUCAUGGGAGCGUAUUCAAGAGCUUGAGGCUCCGAAGAUCGUCGAGGAAAUUGAGGAAAUUGUUCAAAAGGAGAAACCAAACUUCCUUACUCAACUGGAGUCGGCUGAAAAUGUUCCAGAAGGAGUCCCACUUCACCUGGAAUCUACAUUCCAGCCAGCUAGAGACCCAGAACUUAAGGUUGUUUGGCAGAAGAACGGCCAGCCACUCGGAGCUUCACAGUUGGUGCAGACUAAACAUGAACUUGGAUGGGCUACACUGGACAUUUCCUCAGCAAAUGAAGAUCACAAUGGAGUGUACACUCUUACAAUUACCAACAGCGAAGGAGAGGCUGUGUCGACCGCUUCAAUCCGGGUAGCCGGAACUGGACCGAUUCUUGGAAACACUCGUCAUGAAGAAUCAUGGAAACGCAUCCAGAUUCUGGAAGCUCCAAAGGAAGCUGAACCGGAAGCGCCAGCUCCAGUAUAUGACCAUCCAGCAAUCACCACGCAGAUUGAUGAUAAGGAGUGCAAUGAAGGAGACCACGUUCACUUUGAGGCACUCAUCACUCCAGUCAACGAUCCAAGACUUCAAGUUCAAUGGAUUCGAAACGGAGUUCCACUUGCUCAUGGAUCAAAGUACGCCAUUCAACAAGACUUUGGAAUCUGCACUCUCGAUGUUGCCUACACUUAUCCGGAAGACGAAGGUGUCUAUCAACUUCGUAUCUGGAAUCCAGAAGGAGAAGCUGUGUCAUCUGCCACGCUCAAGUGUCAUGGAAAGGAUGCAAUUCUCGGAGACGUGCAACAUCAAGAAAGCUGGAAGCGUAUUCAAGAAAUCGAGGCGCCAAAGCAAAAGCUUGAGGAAGCCGAUCCGGAGCCAAAGGGUCCACCACGGUUCAUCCAACAGCUCACCAGCCCGGGAAGUCUCGUGGAAAACCAACCAGCUCACUUUGAAGCUACUGUCGAACCAGUCGAUGAUCCAACUCUUACGAUCAACUGGUUCCUUAAUGGAGAGCCAAUGUCUGCGUCGUCUCGUGUUAAGAUGAUCAAUGAUUUUGGAUGGGUGAUCAUGGAUAUUGCUCAAACCGAACCAAGAGAUUCUGGAGAAUGGAAAUGUGUUGCUAAGAACGCAGCUGGAGAAGCUGUCUCAACAGCAACGAUUGAAGUUCAAGGAAAGGAAGUUAUCCUUCAAGACUCUCUCCAGCCACAAUCACUUGAUCGUAUUCGCCAGAUUGAAGCUGGAAAACCUGCUCCAGAAGAGCGCCCAGAUCAACAGUUUGAGGCUCCAGCUAUCGUCAACGCUCUUCAAGUCCAGGGAGCGUUGGAAGAGGGAGGAAGUGCUCAUCUUCAAACCCAAUUCACUCCAGUGGCUGAUCCCUCGAUCAAGGUGGAAUGGCUCAAGGAUGGUCAACCGAUCUUCCACUCAAAUAGAUACAAGAUGGUUCACGACUUCGGAUUCGCUGUUUUGGACAUUUUGCAUCUACUGAAACACGAUGCUGGAGAGUAUACUUUCCGAGUUUCGAACAACUCGGGAGAAGCAUCUACUUCUACAAGUUUCGAAGUUUCCGAGAGCUCUGGUCUUAUUCUUCAGCCACAGAAUGAACAGAAGGCGAAGGCCGUCGAAAUUCUCGAGGAUAACUUAAGAAGACGCCCUGAAGAAAUCGAGCAAGAGCUUAAGGAGGCUACACCAGUCUUCAUUGAGCCACUCUCGGCUCCAGUUGAAACUGAGGAGGGCGGACGUGCUCAUUUCACGGCUCGUUACGAGCCAGUCAAUGACAAUCAGCUUCAGGUUCAAUGGUACCAUGAUGGUCGCCCAUUGAAGAAUGGAAGUCGUAUCAAGACUAUCAACAGUUUUGGGUACGUCGUUCUUGAGAUCAGCCCAACAUAUCCAGAAGACAACGGAGAGUACAUUUGUCGUGCUGUGAACCGUGUUGGAGAGGCAGUCACCUCGACAAAGCUUACCUGCACACCUAAAGAAGGAAUCAUCAGUGCCACUCAACUUCCAGAACGCAUGGCAAACGCGGGAAGACGAAUUGCCGAGAUUGAAGCACCAAGACCAGCUCGUGAAGAUGCUCCAGACGCUGAUCAUGGACCACCAAAGUUCACGUCGGCACUUGCAGGACCACCAGAGUUGCAAGAAGGACAACAGGCUCACUUGGAGUGCCAAGUCACUCCAGUUGCUGAUCCAAGACUGGUGAUCGAGUGGUUCCACAAUGGGCAACCAGUGAAUCACACUAACAGAAUGAAGGCUAUCCAUGAUUUCGGUUUCGUGGUUCUUCAACUGACACCAGCCGAACCACAAGACUCUGGAACCUGGACUUGCCGUGCCACCAAUCAACAUGGAUCUGAUGAAGUAUCCACAGAGCUCAAGGUCGUCGGCGGUGGCGGUGUCUCAUACGAAUGGCAGAGCACUGCAGAGCGCAAGGAGCGCAUCACAGAGCUCGAGGACUGGAUUCAUAGACCGAAGGAGGAUCUCAAUCUUCCAGCCGUCGACUAUCCAGCACCAUCCUUCUCUCAAGGUCUCACCGAUCUUGGACAGCUCAACGAGGCCGAUGCUACAGCGUUUGUGUGUGUUUUGGAGCCAAUUGGAGAUCCAACUCUCCGAGUUCAAUGGGAGCAUAAUGGACAUCCGAUCCCAUACUCCAAUCGUAUAUCUUGCACAAAUGAAUUUGGAGUUGCCACUCUUCUCAUCAAGCAUCUCAUUGCCGCCGAUGCUGGAGAGUACAAGUGUGUUGCCACUAACGUCAAGGGGUCCGCUACAUCUGUCGGAAAGAUUGCCGUCGAGUCAUCCACUCAAAUUGAUGCUCCACAAGUCGUUCAACAACUCGUUGACAGUGUUGAAAACAUUUUGGAAGGAGAUUCAAUCCACCUCGAAUGUCGUGUCACUCCAAUCAACGACCCACGUCUUCAUGUGGAAUGGCUCAGAAAUGGAGCACCACUUCCAGAAGCCAGUAGAUUCAAGCCAACGUUCGAGUUUGGCUUUGUCAGCCUGGAUAUUCUUUAUGCUUACCCAGAAGACAAUGGAGAUUACGAACUUGUCGUCCGUAACGACAAGGGUGAGGCUCGUUCCAAGACGAAGAUCACAGUUCUUCCAAGACCAUCUUUGGACUACACUUCUCAAACUCAUGGAAACCAACAAGAUUCCCUGGAAUCUCACUUCAAACAACAUUCUCAAGCUAAACUUCAGCUCACCGCCAAUGACAUCUACAACGAGAGUGACAAGCGCGCUCCAGAGUUUCGUACUCAACUUCAGAACAUCGGAGUCUUGGAAGGAGAGUUCUGCCGCUUCGAGACCCAAGUCGCACCAAUCAACGAUCCAUACCUCAAAGUUGAAUGGUUCAAGGACAAGAAGCCAGUUCUUCUUGGACAUCGUUUCCGAUCAACUCUCGACUUUGGAUUCGCUUGCCUCGAUCUUCUGUAUGCUCUUCCAGAUGACACUGGAGAAUAUCACUGCGUCGCCACAAACCGGCAUGGUCAAACUAUGAUCAGCGCUAAGUUGGCGUGCCAGGGAGCUUCUCAUGUGAUCACCGAUAGCCAGAUGCCACAGGGCUUGAGAGUCAGCAAUGUGAAGAAGGACAACAAGAACAUCUACUGGAGUGAACAAGGAGGAGCUGUGCAGCCAAAACAAAAGCAGGCACCACAGUUCACUAUUCCACUCCGAAACCUUCAAGUCACAGAGAAUCAGCCAGCUCGCUUUGAAUGCGCUGUAACUGGAUAUCCAAGACCAAAGGUCACCUGGUUCAUCAAUGGAAACCAAUGUCUCCAUGGACACCGCUUCAAGCUCAACUUCGACGGUCUUCACUAUCUUACCGUCAGCAAGUCCAGAAUCUCAGACGCUGGAGAAGUUGUUGCGAUUGCUAGAAACACCGAAGGAGAAACAAUUUCUACUGCUACCCUCGACAUCUUCCAAAACGAUGACUUCAGACAGACCAAGUUGAGACCGGCUAACUUCAAGACAUCCGAUGAGUUGAGAGAAAGAGAGUUGCAGUGGCAACGUGAUACUUUGGGAUCUCUUGGCCCAGCGUUUGAGGCUGCUCCAAAACCAGAUGCUCAAAAACUUAUGCACGUGGAAAGAGCCCAAAGCCCGAUCGAACCAAUGGAGUCCCAGGAGCUUAUUCAGAAGUUCACACGCCCACGCGACGACAACUUCUACAAUAAGCUUUCUUACGUCGAGCUUCAGAAGCCACAAUUCAAGGGAAUGGAGCUCGAGGAAGUCAAUUUGAAAGCUGGUAAAGUUGAGAAGUAUCAACCACCAGUUGAAGAAAUGGAACGAGUCAAUCUCAAGGCCAUCCCAGAAAAAGAUCAACAAGAGGUCGGAUGGGAAAGACCCGACUGGGCCGGACAGGAUGGUACGUCGAAGUUGCCAGGAGCCGAUGAAGGUCGCUUCAAGAAACUUCCAACUCCAGCGCCAGAGCUCGACGUUCCAGCCAGAGAUCAAGUUAAGCUUAAGACCGCAAAGCCAACACGUGGAAAGGACUUGGAGGCCGGUGAGAAGGUGAAGCUGAAGACUGAAAAGGCAAAGAUCAAGGAGAUUCAACAAAAGCCAGAACAGCCAAAGGAAGAGCCAAUUGUUCACAAGGAUGCGGUUCAGCUUAAGACUCAACAACUUCCAAAGACUGGCAUCAAGGGAGAUCACUUCACCGUUGACAGAGAAAAAGAUCUGAAGGAGACUCCAGCAGUGGUAAAGCCUGUUAUUGAGGAGACAAGAAUCAGCAACAAGCCACAACCAACAAAGAUCGGGCAAUCUAAGCAAGCUCCACCGACAAUCUCCCAGCAGUUGAAACCACUGCAAGGAGAACUUGGAAAAGCCGCCAAGUUUGUUAUCGAAUUUGCCGGUGCCGCUCCAGUCAAGGUCACUUGGCUUAAGGACGGAAAGGAGAUUAAGAGCACUUUCAGAACUUUGAUCACUACCACUCCAACAAACUCCAGCCUUCACAUCGGUCGCCUUGAAAACUCCCACGCCGGAGAAUACACAGUACGACUGGAGAACGCCGCUGGAACCGUUGAAUCUCUAGCCAAUCUUACUGUCGCUCCACCAACCACACAAGGAAAGGCUCCAGACUUCUCGGCGCGUCUCAACGAUCUCAGAAUCCAACAGAAUGGUCCAGCUGAGUUCUCCUGCCAAAUCGGAGGAGAACCAAAGCCAACAAUCCAAUGGUUCAAGGAUGGACAACCUCUUCCAAAUGACGAUCGAUUCCAAGUUGUCGAGGAAGGAGGCGCCUACAAGCUCAAGUUCUCGAACAUCAUCUCUACCGAUGCCGGAAUCUACGAGAUUGUUGCUAAGAACGGAGUCGGAGAGGCUCGCUGCAAGGCUCGCCUCAACGUAAACCUCCAGAAGACCGGAAAGGGUGCCGAAGAAGGACCACGGUACGAAGCGCCAAGAUUCACAUCCCAGAUUCAACCCAUCGUUGUCGAUGAAGGAAAGGGUGCUCAGUUUAGUGCACAGUUCUCCGGAUUCCCUGAUCCGACGAUCCGAUGGUAUAGAAACAAUGAGCCCGUGAAACACGCCGACGGAUAUGAGAUUUCCCAAUCGAAGGGAGAAGCCAUCCUGAGGAUAUCUGCAGCGAGAAAUGAAGAUGUUGCAGAGUACAAGGUUGAAGCUAGCAAUCCAGCCGGAAAGGCUUCAUCGGUUGCCAACUUGGUUUUGACUCCACGAUCCGGAAGAAUCGCCAAGUCGACGAUUUCCCGUGGUGGAUCUGCAUCAUAUCAAUCGUCCGACAAGGCCGCCGCCGACUCUCCACAUUUUAUCGCAAAACUUUCCGACAUCUCUGCCCGACAAGGACACACUGUCAAAUUCAGCGCCGAGGUGGACGGAAAUCCGGAGCCAACUGUUCAGUGGCAAUUCAAGGGAAAACCAAUUUCUGCGUCUAACAACGUAAAGAUCUCACGUGACGGCAAGCGUGCCAUUCUCGAGCUGGCUCGAGUCACGCCCGACAGCGCCGGAGAGUACCAGAUCGUCAUCAGAAACGACAAGGGAGCUGCCACGUCACAAGCCAAGCUCACACUCAGUCGCUAGAUGAGUGUCGCCAUAUCGUCUCAAUAUACAUACGUGCCACGUCAUCACAGUCAAUACACAAACAAGAAAAAAUCAAUAAUCCUUCUGCAAAACGAGUAGUUGUUCUUUUAACAUGUUCUUUUUAUUUUCUCUAUUUUUUACUAUUUUUUUAAAUGUUAUCCAAUUUCUCCUUUUGAAAUUGAAUUUGAAUUUGCCACCCGCCACUGCUCAUUUUCUCUGAAUUAAAACGCUUUACAUAUUUCAUUUUGACUCUUUAGUUCUAGUCGUCUUCCAGUGAAUUUAUCAAUUUUAAAGUCAACAUCUUCCACCUUAGGAACUGAUAGAAAUGCUGCCCUAUCAUUUUUCCUAAUCAGAAAAUUUCGAAAAUAAUUGCUGCCCUUUUGAAAAUUUUCUGAACUCUAGAAUAUUUGAAUUUCUGAAAAAUUGCUGCCUUUUCUGAUUCACUAUUCUCUGUACCACCCUGACAUGUUGAUUUUCGCUCUUUUUCACUGCCAUUUUCUUUUCAAAUUUGCUGACUUUUUUUGUAUAUAAGACCGUGGUUUAAAAGUUUCUAGUCGACGUCAUAACUGCCUGUCAAUUUUUUUUCAUGUUUUAAUUAUUGUUUUCGUGCAUUUGAAUGAACCAUUUGAGCUUUCAAAU